GGACACGAAUAUACCACAGAAUUAACUUUUUACUUUCGCAAGGAAUUUAUUACUGGAAUGGAAGCUUAAUAUAGGGAAGUCAUGGAGCUCACUGGAGUUUGCAGCAGUAUGGCUCUUCACUUACCUCCGAAGUCCAGUGAACGCAUAUCUUAUGUAUGGAUCAAGCUCGAGGAAAAAAGAAUUCGGCGCAACUACGACCCAGCAUUCAUUAUCCAAACCACACAUGGAAGGACAUGCCAUCUGGGGCCUUAUGUACCUCAUGACGAGUACAAAUGCUACCAGUGGUAUCGUUCAACAUUCCAUGGACAGAUCAUGGGAAUUUUUGUUCAAAACUCUGACUAAAAAUUGAAGAACUUGGACAUUAUAAGUGAUGGAAUUGAAGUAGAGCCUGCGCAACCACUACUUCACUACGAAACACCAAAACAACGACCUCACAUCUACCUCCCUCAAAAUUCCAAAUAUGGAGACUAUGAUUUUUAUUUCAGUUCUACAAAGUUCUCCGAAAUAAAGAGGGUAACUCUGUAGGAUUAAUGAAUGCUGUAUGGGGAUUCUAAUAGAUUACCUGUAUGAGCCACCUGUCGUUUUGGGGCAAUGGUAUAAAACAGAAGUAUCAAGUCAUCAGAUCAUGUACUAUAGAAGCCAUCCUCCGCCUUCGAAAAUAAUUUUUCAAUCGGCACGAUUCGAGAACUCCGAAGAAAGUUUUGUGGUAGAUGUCAGUUUCACACAUGAGGAACUUCCACUAAAUAUUGACGAGAAUAAUCAAGUACAGCAUAUUGCCUGGUGGUUCACAAGCUCCACGGAUUUUAUUAGCCUCUGGAAUCCAGGCGACCAGUCUGCACAUGGUGUAGAAAUGAGGAAGAUUAUUUGUCAGGAUCAUGAAUUCUAGUGUAGCAAAAUUUAAAAGCUAUUUGUACCAUAAAUUCUAGACUUAGAAAAACUAGAAUCUGUCCAUUUGAGUAUAGAUUCUAUCAUAGAAUCUAUCAUUAGAACCUAAAGGGCA